AUGACAGCAUCUACCCAGCUCAUCAGCAGACAUCAACUGGGCUUCAUCCCGGGACGGUAUAUUGCUGAAAACGGCAUGAUAUGUCAACUAAUUAUGGAGGACGCUCAAAGAAAGUGGACAAUUGCCGAACAAAGGGACAAUGAUCCUUCAUUUCGCUCCCUGGAUGCGGAUAUCGGGCUGCUUCUAGACCAAGAAAAAGCCUAUGACCGGGUCAAUCUGGAUUACCUUCGCCAUGUAUUGCUGAAAUUUGGAUUUUCCCGUCAAUUGGUCAAGUGCAUAUACAAACUGAUGGGUGACAACCUAAUUCGUAUCAAUCUCAAUGGACAUUUGACAGCUGAACCUUUGAACCCCUUCCUGCUGGUCAUCAUCAACGAUCGCCAAUUCCAAGGCUACCUGAUGGAAUCUGAACGAACCAAACUCCUCUGCUACGCAGAUGAUGUCCUAGUGUUCGUCCAUGAUCGUACUGAUCUUGAUCGGCUGCAAAUCCGUAUGUCUAGGUAUUGCGGUGCCUCCAAUGCCAAAUUUAAUCACAACAAAGUGGAAGCGUUUUCGGUGUAUGGCAGGGAUACUUGGGAUUUAUGGAAGGACUCUCUGGCUGAAAUCCACAUCAACCAUCUACAUUCGGUAGAAGAUGAUGUUCCUUUGAUCUAUCUGGGGUAUCCUCUGGUGCAAAGUCGUCUACAACGUGUUAAUUACAUGGCCUCCUUGAUAACAAAGACCAAAAUUGCCACCCAAAUCCACUCUAUUCGGUCGCUGUCGGUGGUAGGUCGAGCUACCGUUUUGAACUCUCUCUUGCUAUCAAAACUUUGGUAUAUUUUGAGAGUUACACCGUCGACGCUGGCUGAUUUCAAGCAGUUGCGAUCUCUUGCAAUCCAAUUCCUGAGAAAGAACAUCUUCCCUGUCAUCCCGUGGAAAGUUUGGACCCAUCCUAAGGAUCAAGGUGGUCUUGGUGUGAUUGACUUUCAAGCUUCGGCGUUGUACUUUCGUUGGUUGCAACCGCUGCUGGUGUAUGACCAAUCCACGGUGGAUUCUCAUCCGGUAUCGUCGCUCCUCAGUUAUCAUCUUCGAAAUGUCAAUCAAUGUCAAUAUUAUCAGCUCCCGUUGCUAGAUCAGUGCCACUCCCAACUGUAA